AUGUCACUCAUCAUCUUAACCUUGAAGGAAGAUGCCUGGGUCGAAUUGUCUCGGUUUCAAGAACUGGAAAAGUUCAGCGCUAUUGACUGUGGCAUUCGCAGCCUCCUGGGUUUUCCGCUACUGCCGAAAUUGCGUGUCCUUGUCUUGCAUGAUAACCAGCUGGAUGAAUUUACCGUACUGCAGCACACAUGUCCUGAACUGCAACGUCUGGGAAUUGCCAACAACUUUGUGUUUUUCCCAUCCCAGCUGGAGCCGCUGCGCCACCUACCAAAGCUGGUAUCCCUAGAUGUUGAGGAUAAUGACGUAUGCAACAUCCUACGUUUUGAAGUCUACAUGAGCCGUAACUUCCGAAAUGUCAAGAGACACGUGGUAGAUUUCUACGACUCGGACAGCGAUGACGACACCGGCGCUAACUGA